AUGUCUGCAAGUGAUCCUCUUCUGCAAUUUGAAAAACACAUAAAGCAUGCAAAAAAAAUUCUGUGUGUAGCGGGAGCAGGCUUAUCCGCGUCCUCCGGCAUCCCAACAUUCCAAUCAAUGAAAGGCACAUGGAGAGGUUUUACCUCGUUAGAUCUAGCAACUCCAGAAGCCUUUCAUGAUAAUCCUAGCCUUGUAUGGAUAUUUUAUUCUGCUAGGAGGUAUACUGCUAUGAAGGCAAAACCAAACAAUGGUCAUUUUGCAUUGGCAGAGCUAAGUAAAAGGUUAAAGGAUGCUAACAAAGACAUUUUAAUAGUAAGUCAAAAUGUUGAUGGUCUUCUAAAACGUGCAGGUUUACCAUCAGAAACUGAGGUUGAAUUACACGGUAGUUUAUUCGAUUACAGAUGUACUGAAUUCCAUUGCAGCUUUACUGGAAGGAACGAUAAAAGCCUAUUUCUGACUCCUAUUCUCCGAGAGGUCGUACCAAGGGAAGCACCAAAGCUAAAGCCAUGUUCAACACGAAGUGAUCUGAUAGGAAAACAGUCUGUGAAAAGAUUGAAAGUUAAUAGAGAAGGUGAAUACAAGACUAGCACUCUCCUUGACGAUUUGACAAAUUCUUCUGAUUUCGAACCAUUACCCCAAAUAGAUGUAAAAGAAGGCCUUCCACUUUGUCCCAAAUGCCAAGGCCUCCUAAGACCAGGUGUGGUGUGGUAUGGAGAGUCUUUGCCGCUCUGUCAGAUGGAUAAAGUGGACCAAUUUAUUUCUACAGGAGGAAAAGUCGAUCUAGUCUUUGUAAUUGGAACGAGUGGAAAGGUUUGGCCAGCUAUGGGUUAUGUAGAAAGAGUAAAGAAAAGCGGUGGACACGUAGCUAUUUUUAAUACGGAUAUCCAAAAUAUAGAUGACAUUAGAAAUGAUAAGCAUACAUGGGGUUUUCAAGGCGAUGCAGUAGAACUAUUACCGAAAGUAUUGCAACCUAUAAUAGGCAUACAGUAUAAACCAAGAGACUACUUAAGAAGGUAA